AUGUCAGGACAUAAGGACGGUGUGAAUCGGGAUGCCAUUGGCUCAGCAGACGACAACAUGAAGGAACAAACCAGGCCCGAGGCUGAAGAGGUGGAAAAAGCUGGUGCUGUAGAUGGCAGCAGCUCCGAGACAGAGGACUCCGAGAACGAAGACUUUCGGAUGACCUGGGCCAAGGGACUAGCCAUGGCCUCGUUCCAGCUCGGCUAUCUGUCCGAUGUCUUUGUCCUGACCAUGGCUUCCACGUUGCUGCAACAGAUCAACCAGGACAUUGGCCCCAGCAACGACUAUGCGUGGAUGGCCACGGCCCAAGUUCUCGGUGCGGCCGUCAUGUCGCCGUCAGUCGGUCGGCUGAGCGAUAUCUUUGGUCGUCGGAACUUUCUCCUCGCCGGCAGCGUGGUCGCUGCCGUUGGCUGUGCCGUUGCAGCCACAGCCAAGCAGGUCAACACGGUCAUCGGUGCCGGCGCCAUCAUCGGCGUCGGCAGCGCUAUGCACCAGCUGGCAUGGUCCUGCCUUGCCGAGCUCGUGCCCAAGAAGACCCGAUUUCUCGCCCUCGGCAUCUUCCAGGCCACGUUGGCCCCAUCUUCGGCUUUCGCGCCCGUCAUCGCAUACAGCUUCGUGGUGCAUACAAAAGCCACCUGGCGUGGUGCAUACUGGCUGCCCUUUUCUCUUGACGUUGCUGCCCUCGUGCUCGUCUUCAUCUUCUACCGGCCGCAGAAUCAAUACAUUCGCGUCCAGGGAAAGACCCAGCUGCAGCAGCUUCUGGGCCUCGACUGGGUCGGAAACUUCCUCCUCGUCUCCGGACUCGUGCUUCUUCUCAUGGGCAUCUCACUCGGCGGCUCGCGGUUUCCUUGGAAGUCGGCCGGAACCAUUGCGCCUAUCGUCAUCGGCUUCAUCUUGCUCAUCGCUCUCGGUCUGUGGGAGACUUACGCUUCGCUAGAGUCGCCCAUCUUCCCUCGCGCCGUCUUUUCCAACGUCCGCGGUUUCACCGUCAUCAUCAUCGGCGUCUUUCUCAUCGGAAUGCUAUACUAUUCCACCGCAGUGCUAUGGCCCCAGCAGAUCAUCUUCCUGUACACGGAGAACCUAAUCACCUCCGGCUGGUAUGCCUCGGCCAUGGGCCUGGCAGGCUGUGUUGUCGGGCCGCUUGCAGGCUGGGCCUUUGCUAGAAUAGGACAUUCCCGACUGGUUCUCACGGCCACGAUUGCUGUUUUGGCCGUCUGCUCUGGCGCACAGGCUAUUGUCAGUCCCACAUCAAACGUAGCAUCCACGGUUCUUGUCGCCCUCGUUGGUAUAGCCGUAGCUUCUGCUACCAUUGCAACAACUACAAUGAUCCAAGUGGGCGUCUCUCAUGAGUACAUUGGCAUUGCCACGGGUCUCGCCAUCACCGCACGUAGCGUUGGUGGCUCAGUCGCCACGACAAUCUAUUCAACCGUCCUCAAGUCCCGUUUCACCACCAAUCUCAUCGAUGACGCAGCGACUCCCUUGAUACAGGCGGGUGUUGCGCCUUUAUCUGUUGGUGGUAUUAUUGAGGCUUUGCUAGGAGGCUCGCCGGAAGCGCUUGUGGGCCUCUCGCCUGACAUUAUCGCCGUUGCCGAGACGGGAAUCAAAAAGGCAUUUGCACAUGCUCUGCGAACUGUAUACCUUGUUAGCAUUGCGUUUGGGGUGGUUGGCGUUAUUUGCGUGGCCUUUAGCGAAGAUGUGAGCCAUCUCAUGACCAACGAAGUGGAUGUUCGGCUUACGACAGAGCAACAUAAAACACACAGCAAGGUUUAA